UAAUUAAAAAUGGGCUGAACACUACCAGUAAAAAAUACUUCCGUCUAAAAUAGAGAUACUGAUGAAAAAUAGAAAUUUACCAAUUCUCUUUGUCUUCCCCGUUUGGUGAAUUAUUGACAAAUGCCACGUAGCAGCUAUUGAUCAUUCCACGACUAGUGUGUCACUCCGGAGCAAGGAAGGCUGGUUAUAAGUUAUUAUUGCUUAUUCACUUCCUAAUAUGAUAAUAUCAGGUGUCUACUGCCUCCUCCUCUGAACCUCCUGGCCACAACAGUAUGGCAUCCACCACUCAGCCCCUCGCCCCGCCUCCUGCCCCUCCAUCCCUCGGCCUUAUGACAGACAGCCCAUCUGCGGACAUAAUGGAUAACUCCGGGGAGACCUACAGAGAUACAGAGAACACAGAUGUCAAUGGCCAGGGGUUGCCUGAUGCUGAAGUGAAGAUGGAGGCAGCAGAAGAUGAAGAGGACGAGGGAGAGGAUGGCCAGAAGAAGAAGCGAGCAUACAAGCCCCCAUGGAGGAGACCCAAAGUGGCAGGCACCAGAUUAAAAAGAAAGAAGGUGCCAGGAUUUAAGAACACCAGGAUCAAGAAGUAUGCACAACCCAAGAAUGCUGUCAUGUGCCUCAACGAGCUGGAGACGGGCAUCACCUAUGAAACCGUGCAGGAGGGAGGCAUCAGCCAGCCAUUUUGCAUAUCUGUUGAGGUCAAGGGACAGAAGUACCGAGGGUUUGGCUCAUCCAAGCAGCUGGCCAGGCAGGCAGCGGCCGAGGCAGCACUCAUCAGCUACGUGAAGCCGCCCGGAGAGAAUAAACAAGAGGACCAAACUCCCUGGGCCACCCUGGUGUCCUUUGCCAUGUACAAGAUGUUCAAUGACUGGCGUGAGGGCCGCGUGGGCAUGUGCCCCCCCCCGGCCCAGCCCUAUGGGACAGCUGUUCCCACUGGAUCAAUGCUUGCUGGCAUCAAUGCAUUCUUCAACCAGCCACCUGCAUCUGGUGACGCCACUGCUGGUGUUGAGGAGGCCAAGCCUCAGCCUGUUGCAGUUCUGGAGACCAUCACUGCACAUCUGGGUGGUCGUAUCCCUGGCGACUCUGUUGCAGAUCCAAAGGCCAAGGCAAAGCCACUGCCCAGACCAGCCAAGCAAGUCCCUGAGGGCGCUGCUGCCAUGCACCCUGUGAUGGUGUUGAACCAGAUGAAGCCUGGAGUGCAGUACAGUGUCACCGAGAGUGUGCGUGACAGCAAGGCAUUCUUUACCCUCAAGACUAGCAUUGAUGGUCAGGAGUUCACUGGUGAAGGACCAAAUGUGAAGAAAGCCAAGUUGGCUUUAGCAAAGACAGCCAUCCUGGAGCUAUUUGGUGUAGAAUCCUCUUUUGCAUCUUAGACACAAACUAACUGAUGUGUCUUAUAAGGCAUACUAAACUUCCUCACCCAAGAAGUAGCAAAACACACACACACACACACACACAAACGCACACCAGAACCAUUAACUCUUGAUGAUAUUGCACUAUUAAAACACUUACUCACAUUAUCACUGAAUGGUUCACUGAACUAGUCUGAACAUUUGUGCUCAGGGUACUACCCACCAUGAAAGCAUGAACACAUUAGCUAGUCUGUAGAAGGUAGACAGUUCAUCACUGCGUGGCACUCAAGCUGUAUAACAGAUUUACAGCUUGUUGGGGCAUUGUUUGGUUCAGAUGAUAGUUUUCAGCAGUGUUUUUGGUGCUACAGGGCAUGCACAGGUUUAUUGAAUUGCCCUUUUAUACCAUGAGAGAAGAGGCUUGUGCAAUUUUACAGAUAGCUUAAUUGAGUUCCAAGCUCUGCAUACUGAGGACUGGAAUGCAGAACAGUACAAGAAGAAAAUAAAUUACUAUUGACAGUUAAGUAGAGGGGUUGUGCUUGAUUGAUGUACUGUGCUUCAUACCUAAGUGCUCAGUAAGUGCUACCGGAAACAUGGAGGCUGUGGGAUGAUUUUCAAAGGUUGAGGGUUCAAACCUUAGGUAAGCUUUACUCUGUGGGGGAAAUUGUGCUCUCACAACUGUAACAAGGCAACAUGGUUUGCUGACUUGGCCAAAGAAACUGGUACAUCUUUUUCCCAUUUGUUUUCACUAUAAUGUUAUUUAGUUGUGUUCAUACUGUUUCUUUGUUUAUAUAAAGGUAUGAUGGGCCAUUACCUUCUUGACCUUCACAUUUAACCCUAGUGAAACUAUAAAGUUUUAUAAUUUACCUAUAGUCUUUUCUGUACUUCCAUUGUUACACAGUUCACAGUGGCUUAUUAGUAAAUAGCAUAUAAAAUGUUUUAUUUAGGUUUACUGUUCAUUUAUUACACCAUUUAAGGAAAAUGUAGGUCAGUGUUUGGUGUAUGCAUCAUAUCAGUAGGGUUUUCACCGGUAAUCAAUAAAGUUGUCAACAAAAAGAAUUGUUUAAAAAAAUUGCAAACAUAUGAGUAAUGUCAUGCAUAAAAGGGAAAGGACUGUACCCAAAACACUUCCCUGUGGACCACCAUAAUGGCUGGGUAGAGGUGCAGAUACAGAACUGAGAAAUUUGGCUUAGUUCUUUUGGAUAUAAGUAAUUACGAAACCAAUCAUGAUUAGUGCCUCAAAUUUCAUAAUAGUAUAAUUUUUGUAAUAAUAGAUCAUGUCUGACUGUAUUGAAAGCUUUAAUGAAGUCAAUAAAGAUGCUUAAUAAUU